UUCAAACGAAGAAAAGCAUCAGUGGAUCCAUCUGUCAUAAGGAUUCGCUGUGAUCUAAACUGGUAUCAGCGGCUCAAAAAUAGUAAUGGGGCUUCUUAGCAUCAUCAGGAAAAUCAAAAGGAAAGAGAAAGAGAUGAGGAUUCUUAUGGUGGGUCUCGAUAAUUCCGGGAAGACCACUAUUGUGCUGAGAAUUAAUGGGGAGGACACAAGCGUUAUCAGUCCCACAUUGGGCUUCAAUAUUAAGACCAUCAAAUAUGGCAAGUAUAUACUUAAACAUAUGGGAUGUUGGUGGCCAAAAAACGAUAAGAUCUUAUUGGGGAAACUAUUUUGAACAGACUGAUGGUUUGGUUUGG